ACAGGUAGCACAGAUGGUAUUGGGAAGGCGUAUGCUGAAGAACUAGCAAAGCGUGGUGUCAACAUCAUCUUAAUCAGCCGAAACAAAGAGAAGCUGGAGGCUGUAUCUAGAAGCAUAUCUGAAACCUAUAAAGUGGAAACAGAUUUCAUAGUAGCUGACUUCAGCAAGGGGCGUGAGCCUUACCCAGCCAUUAAGGAGGCUCUGAAAGACAGAGAAAUUGGCAUUUUGGUGAAUAAUGUAGGAAUGUUUUAUCCCUACCCAGACUAUUUUACCAACCUGUCUGAAGAUACGCUGUGGGACAUGAUCAAUAUAAAUAUUGCUUCUGCUAACAUGAUGAUGCAUAUUGUGCUGCCAGGCAUGGUAGAGAAGAAGAAAGGGGCAAUUGUGAAUGUUUCUUCUGCAUCCUGUUGUCAGCCGACACCAAUGUUGACAAUCUACGGAGCCUCUAAAACCUACUUGGACUAUUUCAGUAGAGCACUACAUUAUGAGUAUGCCUCGAAAGGAAUUUUUGUUCAGAGUUUAACCCCAUUCGUAAUUGCUACAAAAAUGGUAGCAUGCAGCAGCACUGCCUCAAAGAGAUCUUUCUUUUUUCCUUCUGCUGAAGAAUAUGCAAGUCAUGCUGUUUCUACUCUUGGGUUAUCCACAAGGACUACUGGUUACUGGAAGCAUGCAAUAAAGUUCACGUUGGGUGAGCACCUACCUGAAUGGAUCUGGGCAUGGUUUGCAAUGUAUUUUUGCAGAAUUGUACGCAAGGAAGCUUUAACAUGCAAAGUGAAAUAGGAGUAUCUGGAUGUCCUGCGUAACGAGUACU